AUGGCUUUCUGCCGGCGCCUGGCCCGGCUGGCCGCCCACCUGCAGGACCCGCGGAAAGUGGCCGCCUUCCAGCGGCUCUGCGGGGUGGAGGGGCCUUCGGGCUGGGCCGAGGCGGAGCAGCGGGCCGGGGGCCGGGGGCGGGUGGUGAACGGCGGCCCCCCGGCCGCGGAGCGGGCGGGAGGACGGGGGCAUCCCGCCGGGAACGGAACGGUGCCCGGCGGGGCGGCCCCCCCGCAGCGGUGGAGGAGGAGGCCGCGGCGCAACUCCCUCACGGAGGAGGACGGCAGCCAGGAGUUCUCUACCCGCAGCCGCUUCCUCUACUAUCUCUUCAGCCUGGGCACGGAGCUGGGCAACGAGCUCUUCUACAUCCUCUUCUUCCCCUUCUGCAUCUGGAACUUGGACGCCUGGCUGGGGCGGAGGCUUAUCAUCAUCUGGGUGUGGGUGAUGUACCUGGGGCAGUGCACCAAGGAUGUCAUCCGCUGGCCGCGGCCUGCCUCCCCGCCCGUGGUGAAGCUGGAAGUCUUCUACAACUCCGAGUACAGCAUGCCCUCCACCCACGCCAUGUCGGGCACCGCCAUCCCCCUGGCGCUCCUGCUGCUCAGCUACGGCCGCUGGCAGUAUCCCCUUAUGUUUGGACUGAUCCUUGCAUUCUGCUGGUGUGCUUUGGUUUGCUGUAGUCGAAUUUAUAUGGGAAUGCAUUCAAUUCUGGAUGUUAUUGCUGGAUUUCUGUAUGCUAUUCUCAUCUUGGUUGUCUUCCAUCCAGUUGUGGACCUGAUUGAUAACUUCAACUUAACUUACAAAUAUGCACCCUUAAUUAUCAUCAGUCUCCAUUUAGCCCUGGGCAUCUUCUCUUUUACUCUAGACACCUGGAGCACAUCGCGGGGGGACACAGCUCAGAUACUGGGCUGUGGUGCUGGAGUAGCCUGUGGUUCUCACGUUAACUACAUAAUGGGUCUAAAGCUAGAUCCUCUUCCCGAUAUGUUACCUUUAUCUCUUUCCUCUCUCACUGUGACUGUGUUUGGAAAAGCCAUAUUGAGGUUGUUGAUUGGAGUAAUAGUUCUGUUGUUAACAAAAGUGGCAAUGAAAAAAGCCACUAUUCCAUUGGCAUGUAAAAUAUUUCGCAUACCACAUGACAAUGUACGGAAAGCAAGACAACGCAUGGAAGUUGAGCUUCCCUAUCGCUAUAUUACGUAUGGAAUGGUUGGGUUCUCCCUCAUGUUUAUAGUUCCUUGCCUGUUCCAUUUUAUUGGUCUUUCUUGAUGCAGUUUUAUCACUUUAAACAGGGAGGACAGAGCAAGUUGGUUUUUGAAGAGGUGCACUAGUUUGCUAAGGGA